ACAUUUUAGCAAUUCUCAUUCUUAUGACGUGCCCUUCGACAAGGGCAACCGCUUAGGACACGCAAACAAAAAAUGAGAAAGUAAAAAAGAGAAAACAGAAAGAGAGUAGAUUGCAAUAAAACAAUAACUUCAAUUACAUUUUAAAUUUGUUUUUGGUCAGUUUCCUCUUUCCCACCGGAAAAAGAUAAACCAUUUUCCCCUUCUUCCAAUUCCUUCUUUUCUUCUUUAUUGCGGUUUCUCUUCAUAACUCUCUCUUACGACAAAACGACGCCGUUUAAAGAGAAACCCGUCGUUUUCCGCCAUGGACGAAGCAGGAGCUUCUUCCAGGGAGGCGCAGCUCUCCAUAGCUGCUUCCUCCAUGUUCCCUGGCUUCAGGUUCUCCCCUACCGAUGAGGAGCUCAUAUCCUUUUACCUCAAGAAAAAGAUGGAGGGCUCCGAAAAGAGCAUUGAGGUCAUCACUGAGGUUGAGAUUUGGAAGUAUGAGCCCUGGGAUUUACCAGCCAAGUCUGUAAUUCCAUCAGACAGCGAGUGGUUCUUCUUUUCUCCUCGUGGAAGGAAGUAUCCAAAUGGCUCGCAGAGUAGGAGGGCAACCGAGUUAGGUUAUUGGAAGGCCACUGGUAAAGAACGUAAUGUUAAGUCGGGUUCAACAUUUAUUGGUACCAAAAGGACACUUGUGUUCCACAUAGGUCGUGCACCGAAAGGGGAAAGGACGGAAUGGAUUAUGCACGAAUACUGCAUGCUUGACAAAUCCCAGGACUUCAUGGUUGUUUGCCGCCUUCGAAAGAAUGUUGAUUUUCGUCUAAAUGAUUCUACCAAUCAAGCUUCUACAACUCAAACACCAUUACCAACAGUGCCCGAUAAUAACUGUGCUGUCUCUGAAGCUGGUGCUGAUCAAGCUGAGAAGGCAGGUGAAUGCUGUUCGAAGAAGAGUAGUAGUUAUGAUUCUUAUUCUGUUGAGCAAACUGAUUCAGCAACUGAAUCCAAUCAAAAAUUCACAUUGGAGGAACCUGAAUGUUCUGGCCAUCGGAAGGAUUAUGUUGAUGAAGAUGACUUUUAUGCGGAAAUACUGAAAGACGACAUAAUCAAACUGGAUGAAACACACAUGCCUGCUGGUUUUCACAUGCGACAUCGGACUGUUGCCACACCCGAAAAUGUGCAGAAAUCUCAAGAGCCUGUGGAGUCUAUCGCUUCCCAGGGUACUGCAAACCGAAGAAUCAGAUUGACGAAGGAAGCACCAUUAACCAGCGAUGAGUGUUUUACUGGUGAAACUAAGAAGCCGUCGUCUAAAAAUAACAAAUGUGUUUUACUGUCUAGGUUAGCAGUGAGUUGUCAUCUUGUACUUGUAUUAUUGCUUCUUCUCACUUUUAUGGCUUUCUUGGGAGGUUUAUGGCGUGCAAGAAGGGUCAUAUACAACUCCUUGUAUAAGGGUUUCUUGCGUUGAUUGUAAAUAUCAGACUAGUUCACACGACCCUAAUUGUUUGUUAAUUGUUUAA